AUGGCACUGCCGGCCGUGCCGCCGAUCGAUCGGCAACCCGACCCUCGGAUGGCGCCUCCCUCUGCGGCGGCGGGACGCGGGCUCGUGCUCUGGCUGCACGGGUCCGCCGAGACGGGCGAGCAGAGCCGCGCCCAGGUCGCCCCCUACUUCUCCGCUGUCCCCGAGCUCCGACUCUCCUUCCCCACCGCCCCCACCACCCCCAUCGCCUGCUACGGUGAUGAGGUGAUCACUGCUUGGUUCGGCAUCCCGGGGGUUCCUAUCACUGCUACUACUGCUAGAGAUGAAAAGGGAGUCCUUAAAGCGGUUGAGCAUGUGCACGAGAUGAUAAACAAAGAAGUGGCCGCCGGGACGAGUCCUACAAACAUCUUCGUUUGUGGAUUAAGCCAAGGAGGUGCUCUCGCCAUAGCAAGUGUUCUGCUCUAUCCCCAAACUCUAGGUAGGUGUGUUGUUUUCAGUGGUUCAAUUCCUCUAAGCAAAUCCUUUGCCGAGAAGGUGCCACCUGAAGCCAGAAAGACACCAGUUUUAUGGUUCCAUGGGAUGGCAGACGGGCUGGUACUGUUUGAAGCUGGGCAAUCCGGGUGUGCAUUUCUCCAAGAGCUUGGUAUGGCCUGCGAAUUCAAGGCUUAUCCAGCUCUUGGACAUUCUCUGGUGGAUGAAGAGCUCCAGUAUUUUCGACAAUGGAUACUGGAGCGUCUAGGGAUCUCUCAAGGAACUGAAACUGCAAGAUCAACGUCACCAUCUUGACAACAAAGAUUUCCACUAGCUACUGUAGGCGAUAAAUUACCACUUCAAUGAUCUGAAUGGCAGAAAUUUAGCUCAUCUUGUCACACAAAUAUGCUUUGGAACGUGUUCCAGUGAAAGGUUUAUGAUACUGCUAGUUGACAUACAGUUUGCUCUCAAUUAGUGUGCCCGUAUGGCGUAUGACUUCGCUCUGUCAAGCAUUGAUGCUUUGCUUAACUGUCAUAUGUAAGUGGGUCUUGGGCCCACAUGG